GCACUUCAGUUUCUAGAAUGUACGAGAACAGCGUGAAGAUACAACUCGUGGUCGAGGAGGCCGUAGAAAUCUCAAAGUUUAGUCAAGAAACGACGCGGAAAUGGUCUACAGUCAGGCUCUGGUGUUCGGGUACGGCUUGUCCGCUGCUUCCGAAGAGGAUAACCUAGCCGAGAUGUGGAGGAAGGUGCUGCAGCACUUCAGAGCCGGUAAACAAACCGCUGGACGCCUCAAGAAAGCGACUAGCUCCUCGAGUCUGGAGUCUGUGUACAGCUUGGAGGAUGAUGACCUGGAAGUGAGUACCCAGCUGCAGCAGCAGGAUUUGGCUGUGCGGUUUGAAAAGUGUCUUGUGAAGGCGAAAGCAUCGAGUCUGCAGUGCAGCGAGCUGCUGGUCCCGGCUCGCAUGAGCUUGCGUGUAGCCAGAGACGUUCUCCGUGCGUCCGAGGACGAGCCAUGCGGUUUGAGAGGAGCUCUCAUUCACCUGUUCACCGAGACCCAGGCGGGUUUACAGAAAGUGGGCACCGUGACGCGGGAGCACAGUGUCACGCCCACCUUCGAGCUAUCUGUGGUGUUCAGAGCUGAGCUGCAACGCUGGCUGCCAUUAAAGCACCUGCUCGGGUCUGAGAGAGUCCUGCGGCUCCGACCUGAGUACCGUCUCAUCAAAAGGAAGCUGUACUCGUCCGCCAGCCCUACAGUGAUUGAGUUUUAAGCACUGGAGUACAAGCUUGACUGUUACAUUUAUUACCUGUCCUACUGAAGAUACAGUUUGAAGUUGUUACUGAUUAUUUUUUUUUGUAACCUUUUGCUCACUACUGCACUGUUUACAGCGUGUAUGAAUGAAGUUAUUUCCAUGUCUUCCGUUUGUGAAUGUUUUCAGAUGCACUGAGUAAGGGGGACAAGUAUAUCUCCCUAGAAAACACUAAUUUCAAACAGACAGGUUUGACGGAAUAACUUGGAUGUGUAAUUUGUGCCCAUUAUUCCCAUGCCCUUUAUAUUUAUGUUCCCAGAUGUUAAAGGAGCCAAGCUGGGUUUGUCUCCAAGGUGUGUUCCCUCAGGACUGAAAUAAAAUAAUUGCACUGUA